AUGGGAGAAGACAUAGACCGGAUCAUAAGUGCUGAGAUACCUAACGAGGUCAACGAUCUACUAUAUUACGAAGCAAUGGAAAAGCACAUGAUGCAUUGUCCAUGUGGUAGUAUUAGGAAAGAUUCACCAUGCAUGGAAAAUGGUCAAUGCAUGAGGCACUUUCCUAAGAGGUUUGUUGCGACUACUAUUGAUGAAGACGGUUAUCCGGUUUAUAGGCACAGGGAUGAUGGCAAAAUAAUAACCAAAUCAGGUGUGGAACUUAACAAUCGAUAUGUCGUGCCUCACAAUAGGAAGUUAUUAUUGAAAUAUGGUGCUCACAUAAAUGUUGAAUGGUGUAACCAGUCAAGAUCGAUUAAGUAUCUAUUUAAAUACGUCAAUAAAGGCCAUGACCGUGUAACAGCUUUAUUUUACAGAAGUGCUAUAAGUGAUACGAAUAAUGAUCAGUGUGAUGAAAUUAGUAUGUAUUAUGAUUGUAGGAACCCUUCUGUGGUAAGGCUAGGCUUUCACCUUCCUGGUGAACAACCAGUGAUAUUCAAGGACGAUGAAAACCUGGAUGACGUUGUUAGGAAAGAGUCUGUGAAAGAAUCCAUGUUCUUAGGAUGGUUCGAGUUUGAUGCAAAUUAUGAAUGGGGAAACAAUAAGUUGAUUUCUGAUGAGCUUCGGUACGAUAAACAAAUUUUGACUGCUGAACAUGAAGUAUGUGGAUCAUCUAUAGAUGGUAUUGAUAACAUAAAGAUCCCAGAUGAUAUAUUGAUACAUGAUUGGGAUGAUCCUAUUAGUUCGAUGUGUAAAGCAACUUACCCUGAAUUAUUUUGCGGUUCAAGUUGUGUUUCACAUGUAAAAGACAAAGCCAUCCUCGUACCGACACUACAAUUGGUGGAUGAAAUAAAUAAUUAUAUGAUGAGUUUGAACCCAUCCAAAGCUCGGACUUAUUAUAGUUCUGAUACAGUUUCUGAAUCUGAAACAAAUAAUGAUAUUUUGGCAUCAAUUCACACACCAGAGUUCCUAAACACUAUUAGAUGCUCAGGAGUACCAAACCAUGAGAUAACUGUUAAGGUAGGGACACCACUCAUGUUACUAAGAAACAUAGAUCACUGA